AGGAAGGGAAGUCCUAAACCAUAGCUGAGCUCCUAUAUAAAUGCCCCAAAAGAGUGAUUAUCGACCAGUUUCUCAAAUCAGAAUCAGAGGCGACCAUUAACAGGACAAUUUCAUAUCUGUACAUCAUUGAUAAUGGGUAUUUUCAACAAAGUACCAUUGCAAUUUUUUGUUUCCCUUGUUCUUAUUUCUUCAGUGUUAAACAUAUGGAGAGGCACUGAAGGCUGGUCAUACCAUUCCUCAACAUUCACUAUGAGCUGGGAAUCUGCCAGACACUGGUGCAGGCAGCAUUACACAGACAUGGUAGCCAUCCAGAACAAAGAUGAGAUUUAUCACCUCAACAGCAUACUUCCGAAAGUCAAAGGAUAUUACUGGAUUGGCAUUCGUAAAAUUAAUGGCAUUUGGACCUGGGUGGGAACUAAUAAGACGCUUACCAAGGAAGCUGAGAACUGGGCAGAUAAGGAGCCCAAUAAUGGAAGGAAUAAUGAAGACUGUGUGGAAAUAUACAUCAAAAGAGGGAAAGAUGAAGGCAAAUGGAAUGAUGAAUCCUGCUUAAAGAAGAAGACUGCACUGUGCUACACGGCAUCCUGCAAAGACGACUCUUGUGUCAGUAGCCAGGGAGAGUGUGUCGAAACCAUAAACAGCCAUAAAUGCUCCUGCUUUGUGGGUUUCUAUGGAGACCGAUGUGAACAUGUUGUAAAGUGCAAAUCAGAGGACAUCACUCCACCAGAUCAUGCUAGCAUCCAGUGCUCUCAUCCUCAUGAAGACUUCUCAUAUGACUCUCAGUGUGAAUAUUUCUGUGAGGAGGGUUAUGAACUAAAGGGUUCCAGUACAACAAGAUGCACUUCUAGCACAGAGUGGUCAAGCAACCCACCAACCUGCGAACCUGUUCAAUGUCCAGAGCUGACCAAACCACAGGAAGGCAUAAUGCACUGCCAACAUCCCAUGGGCACCUUCAGCUACCAAUCCACCUGUGAGUUUUUAUGUGUAGAAGGAUACACACUGCAAGACUCCAGCUCCUCUACACUGUUCUGUGGGGCAACGGGACGCUGGAAUGAUACACAACCCACUUGUGAAAUUAUAAAAUGCAAAUCAGAGGACAUCACUCCACCAGAUCAUGCUAGCAUCCAGUGCUCUAGUCCUCAGGAAGACUUCUCAUAUGACUCUCAGUGUGAAUAUUUCUGUGAAGAAGGUUAUGAACUAAAGGGUUCCAAUACAACAAGAUGCACUUCUAGCACAGAGUGGUCAAGCAAACCACCAACCUGUCAACUUGUUCAAUGUCCAGAGCUGACCAAACUACAGGAAGGCAUAAUGCACUGCCAACAUCCCAUGGGCAUCUUCAGCUAUCAAUCCACCUGUGAGUUUAUGUGUGCAGAAGGAUACACACUGCAAGACUCCAGCUCCUCUACACUGUUCUGUGGGGCAACGGGACGCUGGAAUAAUUCACAACCUACUUGUGAAAUUAUAAAAUGCAAAUCAGAGGACAUCACUCCACCAGAUCAUGCUAGCGUCCAGUGCUCUCAUCCUCAUGAAGACUUCUCAUAUGACUCUCAGUGUGAAUAUUUCUGUGAAGAAGGUUAUGAACUAAAGGGUUCCAGUACAACAAGAUGCACUUCUAGCACAGAGUGGUCAAGCAAACCACCAACCUGUGAACCUGUUCAAUGUCCAGAGCUGACCAAACCACAGGAAGGCAUAAUGCACUGCCAACAUCCCAUGGGCUUCUUCAGCUACCAAUCCACCUGUGAGUUUAUGUGUAAAGAAGGACACACGCUGCGAGACUCCAGCUCCUCUACACUGUUCUGUGGGGCAACAGGACGCUGGAAUGAUACACAACCCACUUGUGAAAUUAUAAAAUGCAAAUCAAAGGACAUCACUCCACCAGAUCAUGCUAGCGUCCAGUGCUCUCAUCCUCAUGAAGACUUCUCAUAUGACUCUCAGUGUGAAUAUUUCUGUGAAGAAGGUUAUGAACUAAAGGGUUCCAAUACAACAAGAUGCACUUCUAGCACAGAGUGGUCAAGCAAACCACCAACCUGUGAACUUGUUCAAUGUCCAGAGCUGACCAAACCACAGGAAGGCAUAAUGCACUGCCAGCAUCCCAUGGGCAUCUUCAGCUACCAAUCCACCUGUGAGUUUUUAUGUGCAGAAGGAUACACACUGCAAGACUCCAGCUCCUCUACACUGUUCUGUGGGGCAACGGGACGCUGGAAUAAUUCACAACCCACUUGUGAAAUUAUAAAAUGCAAAUCAGAGGACAUCACCCCACCAGAUCAUGCUAGCGUCCAGUGCUCUCAUCCUCAUGAAGACUUCUCAUAUGACUCUCAGUGUGAAUAUUUCUGUAAAGAAGGUUAUGAACUAAAGGGUUCCAAUACAACAAGAUGCACUUCUAGCACAGAGUGGUCAAGCAAACCACCAACCUGUGAACUUGUUCAAUGUCCAGAGCUGACCAAACCACAGGAAGGCAUAAUGCACUGCCAACAUCCCAUGGGCAUCUUCAGCUACCAAUCCACCUGUGAGUUUUUAUGUGCAGAAGGAUACACACUGCAAGACUCCAGCUCCUCUACACUGUUCUGUGGGGCAACGGGACGCUGGAAUAAUUCACAACCCACUUGUGAAAUUAUAAAAUGCAAAUCAGAGGACAUCACUCCACCAGAUCAUGCUAGCGUCCAGUGCUCUCAUCCUCAUGAAGACUUCUCAUAUGACUCUCAGUGUGAAUAUUUCUGUGAGGAGGGUUAUGAACUAAAGGGUUCCAAUACAACAAAAUGCACUUCUAGCACAGAGUGGUCAAGCAAACCACCAACCUGUGAACUUGUUCAAUGUCCAGAGAUGACCAAACCACAGGAAGGCAUAAUGCACUGCCAACAUCCCAUGGGCAUCUUCAGCUACCAAUCCACCUGUGAGUUUUUAUGUGUAGAAGGACACACGCCGCGAGAGUCCAGCUCUUCAACACUGUUUUGUGGGGCAACGGGACGCUGGAAUAAUUCACAACCCACUUGUGAAAUUAUAAAAUGCAAAUCAGAGGACAUCACCCCACCAGAUCAUGCUAGCGUCCAGUGCUCUCAUCCUCAUGAAGACUUCUCAUAUGACUCUCAGUGUGAAUAUUUCUGUGAAGAAGGUUAUGAACUAAAGGGUUCCAGUACAACAAAAUGCACUUCUAGCACAGAGUGGUCAAGCAAACCACCAACCUGUGAACUUGUUCAAUGUCCAGAGCUGACCAAACCACAGGAAGGCAUAAUGCACUGCCAACAUCCCAUGGGCACCUUCAGCUACCAAUCCACCUGUGAGUUUUUAUGUGCAGAAGGAUACACACUGCAAGACUCCAGCUCCUCUACACUGUUCUGUGGGGCAACGGGACGCUGGAAUAAUUCACAACCCACUUGUGAAAUUAUAAAAUGCAAAUCAGAGGACAUCACCCCACCAGAUCAUGCUAGCGUCCAAUGCUCUAGUCCUCAUGAAGACUUCUCAUAUGACUCUCAGUGUGAAUAUUUCUGUGAAGAAGGUUAUGAACUAAAGGGUUCCAGUACAACAAAAUGCACUUCUAGCACAGAGUGGUCAAGCAAACCACCAACCUGUGAACUUGUUCAAUGUCCAGAGCUGACCAAACCACAGGAAGGCAUAAUGCACUGCCAACAUCCCAUUGGCAUCUUCAGCUACCAAUCCACCUGUGAGUUUAUGUGUAAAAAAGGACACACGCUGCGAGACUCCAGCUCCUCUACACUGUUCUGUGGGACAACGGGACGCUGGAAUGAUACACAACCCACUUGUGAAAUUAUAAAAUGCAAAUCAGAGGACAUCACUCCACCAGAUCAUGCUAGCAUCCAGUGCUCUCAUCCUCAUGAAGACUUCUCAUAUGACUCUCAGUGUGAAUAUUUCUGUGAAGAAGGUUAUGAACUAAAGGGUUCCAGUACAACAAGAUGCACUUCUAGCACAGAGUGGUCAAGCAACCCACCAACCUGCGAACUUAUUCACUGCCCAGCCCUUGACAGUCCUGCCAAUGGAGAGCUGAGCUGCACUUCCAGCUUUAAUUAUGGGAGCAAAUGCAGCUUCAGCUGUGUUGAAGGAUUCCUCCUCCAGGGAGCUUCAGAGAUCAGCUGUACAAAAACAGCAAAGUGGAGUCAGGAGCCACCUCUCUGUGAAGCAAUGGUCUGCCCACAACUUCCUGAGCCAAUCAACGGGCAUAUGAACUGCUCAUCUGAAGAGCCCACCUUUGGCACCGUCUGCAUCUUCAGCUGUCAUAAAGGCCACCAACUUGAUGACCACAGUAAUGAGAUCGUGAUGUGCAACUACAAUGGGAGCUGGUCAGGGGAAGUGGCAGUGUGUCAAGCUUAUCCUGAUCCCUCUGCAUCACUCUUUGAAGUGACGGAAGUGACUCUUGGGGUUGCAGGCGCCAUCGGCAGCUCCAGUCUGGGCUUAGUCCUCUGGAUACUGAAGAGACUGAGGAGAAAAGCUAACAAUUUUGAUCUAAACAGUACUUCGGAUACUGAGGAUCCACCACAGUUUUAUAAGAACAGUGUUGACAGUCUCAUAUAGACCAAAAUAGCUUCAAAUUACUACAGCAUAUACAGUGAGCAUAUAUUCCUCAUGCACACAGACAGGCCAGUGUGUGUGUAAUGAUAGCGAUGUAACUUAUUCCAAUGAACAAUUAACUGAAAAACUGAAUUAAACUUUAAUUUUCACAGUACUCACGACUGCCUCACUGGACAUAAAAAAAUGUAUGUCAUCACAAAUUAUUUGAGACACUUGGAUAUUUUUAAACUCUGAGGGGCAUUAUCAGUUACUAGGCAACAGUAACUGAAUGCAAUUUCUACUUCCCAACGGAAGCUUUAAUUAUUUACUUGACUGAACAUAUUGUUCUGUACUGUUUAAAUGUCCUAUUUUCUAUGUCAUUAAUAUACACGUUUUUGUGCUAUUUAUUGUUCCAAAACCGUAUUGGUCCUACUAAACUAUUUAACAUGUAAACCAAUAAAGUGUGACAUUUAUGACAUCA